AUGGCAUCAAUUAAAGAAAAAGAUAAGAUACAAAAGGAAAAGAAAAGAAAUAUUGAAAUUCUUAGAUCUUACACCGUUGAUCUUUCUGAUGAAGAUGAAGAUGAGGAUGAGGAAGUCGUUGUACAAGAAGUUAGAUCAAAAAGAAAUGUUUCAAAGAAAAAGAAAUUUGUGGGUGCUAGCAAUGUACGAGGUCCACUCGAUUUAAUUUAUCAGACUAAUCAUGGAAAAAAAAAGCAAAGUACACUUGAUAAAAAUAAUCCAAUAAAAGAGAAUUUAAAGAUGAAUGCUUGGGAUAAAAUUGCAACUUGGGCUUAUUCGGUUGGUUUACCCUUCAAUGUCGUACGUGACGAAGGUUUCCAAGAUAUGAUCAAUUCCAUUAGUGAAUAUGGAAGAGGUAUGCCAGCUCCAUCUUAUCAUAAUAUCUGUGUCACAUUGAUGAAAAAACAUUCAGAAGAUACUCAAAAGUUUGUAGAUUCAUUCCGGCCACAUUGGGAGGAAUAUCGGUGUAGCAUUAUGUCCGAUUUUUGGACAGACGGUAAAGGAAGAUGUUUUAUAAAUUUCCUAGUCAAUUGUCCUUUUGGAACGGUAUUUUUGAAAUCAAUUGAUGCAUCAGAGCAUGUAAAGAAUGCUCAAUUGAUCGUGGAAAUGAUAAAUGAGGUGAUAAAAGAUGUUGGAGAGGAGACCGUUGUGCAGUUCAUUACAGACAACGAGUCAAACUUUAAAGCUACUGGAAAGAUUUUAGAAGAGCAACAUUCCAAGUUGUUUUGGACUCCGUGUGCAGCACAUUGUGUGAAUCGCAUGAUAGGAGAUAUUGGUGAAAAAAUACCGAAGAUAAAAAAUACUUUGGCUGAUGCAAGAGCAAUUGUUGUCUACAUUUACAACCACGGAAGAAUUCUUAAUCUGAUGAGGAAGUUGACGAAGAACAAGGAAUUGCACAAGUCUUGUGUAACUAGGUUUGCAACCCAGUUUUAUACAAUUCAGAGUAUCCACGAGAAUCGGCAUCAUAUUCAAGUAUUGUUCGUUUCUGAAGAAUGGAAGAAAAGUGACUUUGCAAAGAAAUUGGUUGAUACAGAAGAGAAGCCAUGUAUGGGUUACAUCUAUGAUGCAGUAAACAGAGCCAAGGAGCAGAUUAAGAAAAAUCUGAGUGGCACGCCUAAUGAAAGAAUGAUCACUAGACUUUGGGCUAUGAUUCAAGCAAGAUGGAGCGACCAACUUCAUCACCCGUUACAUGCAGUUGGAUGUUACUUGAAUCCUGCCAUUUUUUAUGGGGAAAAUUCAAGGGAGAUACGGAAGAACAACGACAUUGCGACGGGACUUUAUGUUGCUAUAGAUCGUCUAGUUCCCGAUAAUGAUGACAAUGAUAAAUUGAGGCAAGACUUGAAUCUAUACAUUGAUUUAGUUGGGCAAUUUGGAUCUCCAGCUGCUAUAAGGGCUAAGACAAAAGUUGCACCAUUCCUUAGUCAGACAUGUAGUGCUUCACCUUGUGAAUGCAAUUGGAGUGCAUUUGACAAUUUACAUUCAAAGAAAAGAAAUUGUCUUUUGCAGCAAAAACUUAAUGACCUUGUAUUCAUCCAAUACAACACAAGGUUACAAAGGCGCUACAAUUCAUUAAAAUCAAACAGAUCUUUGGAUCCUAUUUUAUUGAGAGACGUAGAGGAAAAUGAUGAUUGGGUUAUACCAACAGAAGUUGAGCUUCAAGAGUUUGUUGACGGUGGAAUGGUCUUCUUUGGUCAGCUACGCAAGAGGCAAUGGGAAGAAAUGAAGAAGUUGGGGUAACAACUAGGAGCAAAAGAGAGCGCUACAGAGAUGAUGUUGAUGAUGAUAUUAGAAUUGAAGUGAAUGAUCUUGAUUAACAAUUGGAUGCCUUGGUUGAUGUGGACUCGGAGGAAGAUUUCAUGGCUUACGAUUAGAUUAUGUUUCGAUUAGAUCAUGUUUUGAUUAGAUUAUCUUUAAAACAUCAACACAUUUUGAAUUUUCUACUAGAUAUUAUAUUUAUAUAUAUUUUACGUUAA